GUACGGUGAAGUACGUUCCUGGGCAGGCACAUAAAUAUUCCGAUCAAAAGAGCGGGGCGAGUGAAGAGAAGCGCUCGAAAAAAGUUUUCACAGGCUGAGGGAUAAUUGCUCAAGACGAAGCAGAGUUUUCACCGCUGAUACAAAGAAGGAUCCCCGCAGAAAAAAAUGCCAAGUGAGCGGUUGACAGUAAGAGACAUGUCGGACGUUGGGCGUUUCCCCGGAGGAGCCCCACCCACCAGGGUAGAGCUGACCAUUCAGACAGAGGGGGAGAAGAAACAGGAAGAGGGAGGCUGUCGCCAAUGGUUCAGGAAAAUGUGUCCGUGCUGCUGUAAGUACCAGAGCAGCACCUCUUACGAUGUUACAGAAAAGGUUGAGAUGGUCAAACCCCCGGCCCCAGAGCCUGCCAAGCCAAAGCCUGAGAAUGGAGAAGCAAAGGAAAUGGAAGAAAUAAAUUUUUUGGUGUGUUCGGUGGACCUGCUGAGCUCCAAGACCGGUCAGAACAGAAAGGAGCACCACACCGACCUGUAUCACAGCGACGAACUAAUCAUCCGCAGAGGACAGACCUUCCAGAUUCAGUUGGAGUUUAACAGGCCCUUCAAUGCUGACACUGACAAGCUGCAUCUGGACCUGAAGACAGGUUCCCUGCCCAUGGUUUCCAAAGGCACCCACGUCAUCGUUCCACUCGUGGAUCACCUGGAAGAUGAACGCUGGGAGGCAAAAAUCGUAGAGCAGAAGGUCAACAAGAUCAAGCUGUCCGUCAACUCGCCAGCCAAUGCUGUGAUCGGCCUGUACGGGCUCAGCGUGACAACUUUUUCUCUAAAGGGCGAGGCCGCAGCUACUCACAACUCCAAAAAGUCCAUCGUCAUGCUCUUCAACCCUUGGUGUGAAGAGGACACGGUGUUCCUGGAUGACGAGGAGGAGAGGAAGGAGUAUGUGCUGAAUGACAUCGGGAGGAUUUACUAUGGCACAGAGAAACAAAUCGGUGCCCGCACAUGGAACUUUGGGCAGUUUCAUGAAGGGAUCCUGGAUGCGUGUCUGUUCAUCCUGGAGAAGAGUGACAUGCCUCCAUCUGGUCGAGGGGAUCCUGUCAACGUGGUCAGGGUCAUAUCUGCCAUGAUAAAUGCUCAGGACGACUUUGGGGUUCUGGUUGGGAACUGGUCUGGGAAUUACUCUGAUGGGGUCUCUCCUAGUGCGUGGAGCAGCAGUGUAGAGAUCCUGAGGGAAUACCACUCCACCGAUGGCACGCCUGUGUCAUAUGGACAGUGCUGGGUCUUUUCUGGGGUCACUACAACAGUGCUGCGGUGUCUUGGUGUACCCACCUGCAGUGUGACCAACUUCCAGUCUGCUCAUGAUACUGAUGUGUCGCUCACUACAGAUGUGUAUUUUGAUGAGAAUUUGCAGCCGAUUGACUACCUCAAUAGUGACUCUGUCUGGAAUUUCCACGUAUGGAAUAACUGCUGGAUGGCCAGACCAGACCUACCUCCUGGUAAUGGAGGCUGGCAGGCUGUUGACUCUACUCCCCAGGAAACGAGUCAGGGCACCUUCCGCUGCGGCCCUGCGUCUGUCAACGCUAUCCGCUCCGGCCAGGUCUACCUCAAACACGACACGCCUUUUGUUUUCGCUGAGGUCAACAGUGAUAAGAUCUACUGGCAGAGGAACCGGGAUGGUACUUUUAGCCAGUUCCACAGUGAAAAGAAAUCUGUUGGCCACUGUAUCAGCACCAAAGCAGUGGGCUCUGACGAGCGGGCAGACAUCACGCACCUGUACAAACACCAAGAAGGUUCAGAAGAGGAACGCAUUGCUGUGGAGACUGCAAGUCGCUAUGGCAGCAAGCCAGACGUCUACUCCACACCCAUGGCAGAGGACGUGAGGGUGGAGGUGAAGAUGGAGGGCGAGGGGCCCAGGAUGGGUGCUGAUGCCAAGCUGAACAUCUUGGUUAAGAACCUGAGCUCACAGCCUCGUCAGACAACACUGCACAGCCAGGUGGCCGUCAUGUACUACACCGGUGUGCUUAAGGGCACCAUCAAGAAGGAGGAGAUGCCUGUGGAACUUUUGCCCAAUGAAGAAAAGACCAUUGAGUGGUUGUUGCCCUACCAGCAGUACCAAGAUCAGCUGGUGGAUCAGGCAGCCCUGAUGUUGACCCUGUCUGGAAGAGUCAGUCAGACCCAGCAAGUGUUAGCCAACCAGACCACUUUCAGGCUCCGUACGCCUGACCUCAACAUCACGCCUUUGGGAGAAGCUGUGGUUGGUAAGGAGAUGGCAGCAAAGAUCACCUUCACCAACCCCCUGCCACGUACACUAAAGGACGUGGUGUUUAGAGUGGAAGGCCUGGGUCUACAGAAGGGCCAUGAAGUGAUUAUAGGUGACGUCGGUAGUCACUCCACAGUGACAUUGACCGAGCACUUCACCCCCACCCAGCCCGGAGCCAGGAAGCUGGUGGCAUCUCUUGACUGUAAACAGCUCACGCAAGUGCAUGGAGUGGCUGAUAUCGUCGUUCUUGAACAAUGAGAGGGAGCUAAUGACAUCACUCUUGCCAUAUGAAAGAUAAACUGAAAGCCUCUAAUUAUAUACAGUCUAUCUUAAACUACUGUAUCUUGUUUAUUUUAUACAACAAAAUUUUAAUUUUGAUAUUUUUAAAACUAUGAAUGGACAAUUAACAACUGUAGCAUUAUCAGUAUUAUUUUUUUAAGUUGAAAUAACAUAAAUUCAGACUUCUCUAAAAAGCUAGGAUGCUAAACCUGUGAUGAAAAAGUAUGCAAACCAAGUACUUUAAUUAACAAGCAUUCAGAUGUUGAAGUUAAUGUCAGAUUACCUAGACUGUUAAUACAUUAGUCUAUUUCAAGACACUGAACAAAGCAUGUAAAAGUCCAGUCAGGUCAAUCACAUUUUGUUAUCAUGAAAAUACUGUAUGUCUAUUAUACAUGUAGCUUCUCAUAAGGUGAAAAAAAAGUAUGUGAAAAUUAUUUUCUGACAUGAUGAACCUAACAUGGCUUAAAUGAAGAAAGUUUACUGUAAAAUGUUUUGAAAGGGAAUGAUGCUGAAAUUGGCAUUGACAUUUUGCAAAGGCCACAUGGCAUAUCCCCUGUUAUUUCUGUUACAUUUGACUGACCAUUUUGUAAAAGUUUAUAGCCAUUUUUCCAUACCAAUUACCAUUGUAGAUUUGAAAAAAUGAAAUCGACAAGGACAUGGCCAAAAGGUUAUGUCAGUCAUCCUACGGAAUACAAAUUCAUAAUGCCUCCUUUAUUUUUUAAACCCACAAAUCAGCACUUGUAAAAACUGAAACGUCUCCAUUUGCAGAAUGCAGACCUAAAUGCUCCUUGUGGAUGAACUUUGCCAGAUCUUGCUCUUAAUGUCUUGUGUGUAUAUCUCUGUCGUAUGUGUAUAAUCACAGACAUCAGCUUUACUGUAUCUUGCAAUUUACCUGCAACAUUGGGCUUUCCUCUGCUGUGAUUUGCAGCAAACCAUUUGACCUUGUGGCCUUAAUUCACCUUAGCGUUACUAGUUGUAGUCUGUUUAACUUCAGCACUCAAAGUACAAUGUGAAGGAACUAUUUUAAUAACAUUCAACUAUUUAUCUACUUUAUCUACCUUGACUAUUUUUUGUCUUGUCUGUGUUGUGUUGGUAAUAAAACUUCCACUGAAAUGGUGGC